UCUUAAAAGAAUUAAAGAGAAAAAGAUGGUUAGGCAUAAAAUAGCAAGUAAACCAAUCAAGCUAAAGAGAAAAAUAAUAAUAAUAAAAAAAUAAUGGCAUUAGUAAGAAAAUAAAAAAUAUAUAUAAUAAUAAUAAUUAUUAUUAUUAUUACUAUUUUUUUUUUUUUUUUGGGUAAAAAGAAGUAUAUAACACUUGACCACACUACUUUUGCAGAUUAGUAGUACUUAGUUUAUGGAAAUGAACAACGGCUGGUAAAGAGGGGUAAAGGCAAGCCGUCGUCUCGCGCUUUCCGCUCUCCCUCUCUUUCUUUUCUUUCCUUUUCUUGGGUUUAGGGUUUACCAUACCACUCCAAUGGAAAGGAAAACCUUCUUCUUUCUCUCUCUACUAAGCAGUGUCUCUUUACUGCAACAACACACCACACCACACUCUUCUCUCUCUAACAAAUAUUUGUCUUGCCCAUUUCUGCAAAACCAAGAAAAGAUGAAAAGUCGAAGAUUGGUAUAUUUUUCAAACGAACUACUGCUACUGUUGGCUCUUAAAGCAAAACAAAGUGCAAAAGCGCUGCUUUCUCUCUCUCACACACAUAAACACAAACAUUUGGAUAGGGACCCAAUAAAGAAAGAAAAAGGUUAACUAGGUGAAGAAAAUGGUGGGAAUCUUUUCUCGCUUUUCACUGUACAGGCAAUCCCACCGUGCCACCUCUGUCCCCAUGGACAAAGAAAGCCUAAUUCCAGUGAUAGAUGAAACCAGAGAGACAAGGCUGAGGGGCGGUAUGGAUGUUCACCAAAAUGGGUUCCAAAGCGAAGUCGAAUUUUGGCCAGUAGAGCACCCAAUUGAGCCACUGGAUGAAGACCGACCCGUCAAAUGCCCAAUGCCUGACUCUUCUAUCAUCAAUGAUGGGCAAAUACAUGAGGAGCGGUUCCCAGAGAGCUUGAGGAAGAGAACAGAACAAUCAGCAGUAGUGAACAAAGAAGGAAUGAUGGUGAUGUCUAGGGAGCCUCCUGUUCGAGCAGUACGGAAGAGGCACCACACACUUACUCGCAGAGACCAGACAAUAACCCCUUUAUUGAGAAUGCCACCUCUCCAUCCUCUUCCAGCCCAGAAUGUUACUAUAUUCCAAAUGCUUCAGCACUUUGACAAGUUCCAAUCCUGACAAGGUACAAUAAAUAAGAUGAUCUCUCAUCUAGAUGUAAGAGGGACUUCUUUGUAACUGUAUUAGUAUCUUCAGAUUGUAUUCUGUAUAUUUAUCAUCAAACCUUGUUGUAGCUCACUCAUAUCGUUUACAUAAUUAUAUCUAGUGAUAUUUUGUAAGAAUAUAUUUCCUUAUAGAGAAUGUACUUGUUUGGGUUGUAGUAGUCAUGCCAUC